CUAUAGGCUCCUACAGGCUGCAGGCAGCAUGCAGUUUAUGGGGAAAAUCAUUGGCCUUUGUUGGAGAUUCAGUUGCAAGAAAUCAUAUGCAAUCAUUGAUAUGCCUAUUGUCUAAGGUUGUAUAUCCCAUAGAUGUUUCAAAUUCAACAGACCAAGACAAUAGACGUUGGGAAUAUAGAGAAUACAACUUCAACAUGUCCAUAUUUUGGGCACCUUAUUUGAUAAAAGCAAAUAAAACCGAGCCCAAUAACAUAUAUCAACCUUUUAAUUUAUAUCUAGAUGAACCUGAUGAAUCUUGGAGCACCAAAAUCCAAGAUUUCGAUUAUGUAAUCAUCUCAUCUGGUCAUUGGUUUUCCCGUCCAACUAUGUUCUACUUAAACCACACCCUAGUUGGCUGCCUUUUCUGCUCGCAACCCAAUGUCACCCAAAUGACAUCAUUUUUCAGCUACCAAAAGGCCUUUCACACUGCUUUUCGAACUUUUAAUAGUUUGGAAAAUUACAAGGGUGUGACAUUUCUGAGGACAUUUGCCCCGUCUCAUUUUGAAGACGGGGUUUGGGAUAAAGGAGGAGAUUGUGUUAGGAAAACCCCAUUUAAGAGGAAUGAGAAGGUGUUGGAGGAUUAUAGCUUGGAGUUUUACAAGAUUCAAUUGCAAGAACUUACAAUUGCUCAAAAAGAAGGGAAAAUGAGAAAUUUGAAAUUUAGGUUAUUUGAUGCAACACAAGCAAUGUUGUUGAGACCAGAUGGUCAUCCUAGUAAAUAUGGACAUUGGCCCAAACCAAAUGUUACAUUUUCAAAUGAUUGUGUUCAUUGGUGUUUACCAGGCCCAAUUGAUGUGUGGAGUGAUUUCUUACUUGAACUUAUGAAAAGGGAGGAAAGUCAUAAUAGAUAAUAUUUUAUUAUCUUUUUUAUUUGCCAUUCCAUUUUUUCUAAAGGAAAACUUUUUUUUAUAUAAUUAUUGUUCACAAUUGUUACUUUGUUUGUUGUGGUACAGAAAGGGGGUAAUUUACCCUA